AUGGAGAGAAAGGAUUCGGACGCAGAUAUCGAUGAAAUGGAAGUGGACAAUGAAGAGGAUUUGUUAUCUUCUUCAGAGACAGAGAAGACGUCCGUCAAGAGGAAGAAAGAUGAUGAUGAUGCUGAUGAGGAGGACGAUGACUUGUUAGGAGAGGAAUUGGAUAAGUUAGAUAAAUUACUGUUGUCUGAUAGCGAUGAGGAAGAAACAGAAGAGAAACAAGGAGCCCUAAAACCUCGAGGAUUAAAUCUUCGUCCCUAUCAAGAGGAGCUAGCAGAGACGGCUAAACAGGGGGAGAAUACUAUCAUUUGCUCCGGGACAGGCACGGGCAAAACACGUGUAGCAUUUGCUAUCAUCAAACACCAUCUAGAAAAGCAUCCUCAUGGUAAAGUAGUCAUAAUGGCUCCAACUGUACCCCUCGUGAAUCAACAUUAUCUGGCUCUGAGGGAACUGUUGCCUCACUUAGAGGAAAAGACACUGAAAGUGACAGGUGAAAGCGAGAAGAGCGAACAACUCCACAUGUUUGUAGAUGGGUUUCAGGUAUUUGUGUUAACCCCCGCCGUCUUAGAAAACACCAUCUGUCCGGAGAAAGAUGAAGCCAUUUUGUCCAAAUUUACGCUGAUGAUCUUUGACGAAUGUCACCAUGCGUACAAAGGCUACAGUUACAAUAAAAUCAUGUUACACUAUCACAUGGAAAAAAGCAGAGGGGUGACGAAACUUCCUCAGAUUGUGGGAUUGACCGCGACACUGGGAACUAACAAAGCAAACACUGUUGUAAACGCAAGAAAGCACAUCGUACAGGUCAUGGCUAAUUUGGAUGUGUGUCAUUUGUCCACUAUCGUCAAAAAUAAAAAUGACCCAUUUCUUUGUAGAGAGGGUGUCCAAACAGAAAAGAUUCAGCUAAAACAAGAUCUUGCAGCUGACCCAGUACACAAAAGAGUUGAGAAAACAAUGGGACAAGUUGAAAAAAUCUUGGAGAACGAAAGAGACAAACUAGAUGUUGAAAAUGAGGAUGAGAGGGAGAUAGUGAAAACACUGUUAAGGAGGCCCGACCCAAAAAAGAAAGGGGAGACAAACACCAGAAACUCUCCAUCCUAUGUACAAUGGUGCUGCCAUCUGCAGGAAAAGUCAGCACCCAUACUAAAAAGAAAACAAAGGACUUCUCAGACUUUACGGCUUGGAGGGGAAUACUUAAAGAUUUUUAGCGAGUUACUGGAUGUUAAUGAUUGUUUGACUGGAGGAAUUGCCGUAGAGUUUUUGGAAAAACUGAUGGAAAAAAGACAAACUGAAAAAGCUAUAAAAGAUACCAUAGAGGGAAAAUUUGCAAGUUUAAUGACUGUAUUGCACAAAGAUUUGAAAGGCAUAGCAGCAAAAGAGCAUUCAAAGACAGGGAAGAACAUUGAAGUCCUGCUCCAAACUAUGGCUGACUUUGUGAAGGCGGAAGUUGCAGAUGGUGAACCCACACGGUUCAUUGUAUUUGUCAAAACCAUAGAAGUGGCGAACAGACUGAGUGAUCUACUGAAGAAAGACAAGAGAGCUUACAACUGUGCUAGCUUUACUGGGACAAGAGACACAAGUCAGACAGACCAACUCAUCAUUCUGGAUAAAUUCAAAGAAGGUGAACUCCAGGGGAUAGUGGCUACCAGUGUGGCUGAGGAAGGACUAGAUGUUCCACAGUGCAAUCUAGUCAUCCAAUACAACUACAUUGGCAACGAAAUAUCAUCUAAACAAUCCAUGGGUCGCAUCAGGAAAAAAGAAGGAAGAAGAAUCAUUCUGGCCAAAUUUAAAGAUAUUUUUAGAGAAGAUAUAAACAGCAAGAGGAUUGAAUUCAUGGAGAAAGCGGUUCAGAAAAUAAAAUCUGAAAAUAUCCAGAAAGAAAUAGCAGAGAUUCAAGAAGAAAUGGUAGCAGAAGAGGAGCUUAAAAUAUUAACAUCUUCAACAAAGGAGAAGACAGAUGAUGCAUCCUGUUUCAGACUCAUAUGCAAAUGUGGGAAUUUUGAGAUUGAUUGUGAUGUCAUCAGAUGCAUUGAGAAAAACAAUUAUGCUGCACUUGAUGUUUCAAUCUGGGACAGAAUUAAAGAAAAACCAUUGUCAAAGAAGCCAUUUAAUAAAGGAGAUACAGUUAUGCAAUCACAGUGGUUGCAUGAAGGUUGUAAUAUAGUUUUAGGAACUGUCUUUUUGUACAAGAAAGUUCGCCUACUCUAUCUUUCCCAGAAGGCUUUUAAUUUCUACAGAGUAAGUAAAAAUGGCCCAAGCGGGGAUCGCCCAGAAAGUGUUGGAAAGUGGAAAGACUUACCAUUUGUUGUGCCAGACCUAAAGCCUACAGAGUUGGUGGGGCAUCUAAAGGCUUUAAUUUCUAAAGAAAAGAUGUGAAAUUCUAAUAAUCUC